AUGUUAGAAGAAAAUGCUUUAAGGCAAAAAGCAAGAGCUAGAUGGAUCACUUUAGGGGAUACCAACAACAAGUACUUCAGUGCAGUGAUAAAGGAAAGAAAUCAAAAGAAGCAUAUUAGGAGUAUAUUAUCUCUAGAUGGAAAGAUGUUGUAUGAACCUCAGGAGAUUCAAGAGGAGUUUGUCAAAUUUUAUAAAAGCCUUAUGGGGUCCUCAGCUGGUAAGCUUCCAGCCAUAAAUGCUCAGUCUAUUGGGAAUGAUAAGGCACCAGGUAUAGAUGGUUAUAAUGAAUUAUUCUUUAAGCAUACAUGGAAGAUUGUUAAGAAAGAUGUUAUUACAGCUGCCACAAACUUCUUCACAAAAGGGAAGUUGUUUAAGACUUUCAACUGCACUCUUGUGUCUCUAAUCCCAAAGGUCCAAAAUCCUCAAACUGAUGGAUUUAUACCAGGGAGGAAGAUUGCAGAAAACAUUAUAUUGGCUCAUGAGCUAGUUAAGUCCUAUACUAGGAAGAAUAUAUCUCCUAGGAGUAUGCUGAAGAUAGAUCUACAGCAAGCAUAUGAUUUAGUUGAGUGGUCCUUUUUAGAAUAG